AUGGCAGCGACGGCGCGACUUGUGCUGCUGAUGUAUGGAGUUGCAGUCUUCCGGACCGCUGCGGUGUCUGCCUUUGCCAUAGAUUUGGAUGACUCGUUUAAAGAAAAUAGAGAAGAUGACAUUUGGUUGGUAGAUUUCUAUGCACCUUGGUGCGGCCACUGCAAGAAAUUGGAACCAAUAUGGGAUGAGGUAGCUACUGAAAUGCGUUCCAUAGGGUCUCCAGUGAAAGUUGGGAAGAUGGAUGCAACAGUUUAUGCAGGUAUUGCCUCUGAAUUUGGAGUCCGAGGUUAUCCAACAAUCAAAUUAUUAAAGGGAGAUCUUGCAUAUAACUACAGAGGAUCUCGUACGAAAGAGGAUAUAAUUGAAUUUGCUAAUAGGGUGUCAGGGCCGCUGGUGAGAUCACUUCCCACUCAACAACUCUUUGACCAUUGGCAAAAGAGGCAUCCAGUUUUCUUUGUUUACGUUGGUGGUGAAUCUCCACUGAAGGAGAAGUUCUUUGAAGUGGCAUCAGAAAUGAUUGUGUAUACCUACUUCUUUUCUGCUUCAGAGGAUGCCUUGCCACAGGAUAUCACUGUCCAGGAACUUCCUGCUGUGUUGGUGUUCAAAGAUGGAACCUACUACAUGUAUGAUGAAUAUGAAGAUGGAGAUCUGUCUUCGUGGGUGAAUAAAGAAAGAUUCUUGGGAUAUCUUUACAUUGAUGGUUUCACUUUGUAUGAACUUGCAGAGACAGGAAAGCUUGUGGUCGUUGCUGUUAUCGGCAAGAAUUCAUCUGAUGAACAUGCAAGCCUAAAGGACAUUACUCAUGAAGUUGCCACUGGUUACAGGGAGCAGUUUCACAGGGAUUUCCAAUUUGGGCAUGUGGAUGGAGCUGAUUACAUCAACAGUGUCAUUAUGGAUGAGGUUAUCGUUCCUUCCAUUGUUGUUCUGAACACCUCAAACCAACAGUACUUUCUACCAGAAACACCAAUUGAGAGCAUUGAGGACUUGAUUAAGUUUAUUAAUAAGAUCAUGGAAGGAUCAGCAGAAGCACAGGGAGGAGACAGUUUCUAUCAUCGUGUUAGAAGACUGCUAUAUGAUGGGAAAUCCACCAUAUUAUCUGUUUUUAAGGCCUCUCCUCUCCUGGGCUGCUUUCUCUUCGGUCUACCUCUGGGAGUUAUCAGCAUCAUGUGUUACGGAAUCUGGACGGCAGAUGGGGAAUAUGAACCUGAAGAAGGAGAACUACUUCAGAAUGAAGCCAUUGACCAGGGAGACGCAGAAGCCAGUGAUGGAGAAAAGGAGGAAAAUGGCAAAGAAAAUCAAAAUGAUGGAGUGAAAGAAAAUUCAGAAGAGCUCAAAGAUGAAGAACUGGAAGAAAAAAGCAUGGUAGAAAAGAAAACAGAUUAAUGUAUAGUUUAUGAAUUCCCUUUAGGAUUUCAAAAUGAUUGUGUAUGUUACAUUUGAACAUCAGUGAAAAAUGUUGGAAGUAAAACACAAGUGAUGUGUUUGCCUUCCUAGGUUGAUCUGUACUUUUACAGAGACCUUCUGGGCUAGAAGAACUUUGAAUGAUCAUGUAAAUUGCAUUUUGUUCUUUAGAUGCAGAUAGUUUCAGUGGAAUCUGUUAUCUGCCAUUAUGGGAAGACUCAUGGUUGUUAAUACAAAUUGGCAGAUAAUCAAGAAUUCCCUAGAGCUUGAUCCUCUGACCAUAGUAUCCAAGGCUCAGGUACAAAGGCGCAUGUGGUUAACAACAAAAUAUUAGCAGGGCUCUACAGUAUAAUGAUGAUUUAGAUGAGGGCUUUGUCCCACAAAAUAAUUAGAUGGAUAAGAAUUUCCACAGUAGUUUUAAAUACACCCUGAAAUUGUCACACAUUUAAGAGUUCACAUUAUGAGUAGAUUUUCAUUGUACGUGGUUAUAUCAAUCUUCCUGUUCCACUUCCCCAAUUAAAAAUUGGAUCAUCUAAUGAGGGAUAUUAUACCUUAUCAUGUUGGGCACUUUUUAUAUUUAGAAAAUAACUGGUUUUAAAAUUGCACAGAUGUCAUUAUUAUGCAAGGCAAGAUCAACCUUUACCUCAUUGGAGUUCCUUUUAAAUAUAAGUAUUGUCACUUUACCAUCUGAACCCAAGACACCUUUUUUAAACAUGCACGUUGGUUUUUUGGUUUAAAACAAAAAGUCCCCUCAAGUGGCGAUCUUCACAUUAUUCAUUUUACUACCAGCAGCAUGGCUGCAGUAUCUGUAAUGUCAUAGGAACAAUGUGAACAAAUGAAAAGUAAACUGAUUAUUUUGUAGUUUCAUGUUUGAUAAUUACAUACCUAAAAUCUAAUUAUACUAUGAUAGAUGUGUGAUAUCUACAAAUGAGGAGCUCAGAUAUAACAAACUAUUGCUACAGCACCAGCUAUUUGGUGUCUCUGUGAUAGCUAUAAUAGGAACUGCACUGUUAGUGGUGCAGUAGCUAGGAGUAGACCAGGGUAAGUUGUUGAUAUUUAAGAUUCACAUCAAGAUGGAUCUUCAACCGUUCUUUUCAAAUAAAAACUGGUUUAAGAACACUUUAAAAUCCAGCCAUGAUGAUUCCCUGGGCUUUGUUGCCUCUUCAUAUGGGCAAUUAAGGUAUAAAAUUACUGUAGGAAAGCAAAAGGAUCCUCAAAACUACACCCAAGUACCCACCUUAUUUCUGCAGAAGCAUCAACACAUCCUCCUUAACUCAGAUGUCUAAGGUGCAGCAUUAUUUGUAGUCCAAACUGUGCCUUGCAAGAAAAGAACCCAAAGUCGGUGCAGUACAUUUUUUUUAAGAAGCCUCUGUACCAAGUAUUGCAGUCCAGACAAAAUUAGUUAUCUGCAGGGCUGUAAACUGCAUCUGUAUGGUGGAGAUAGAACCAGCUGUACCAGUUAGCAGCUACAAAUAAAAAGCACUUCCUUCAAAAGAUGUUAGAACGUAUUUCUCAUUUUAAAAAAAAAACCUCCAAUCUAAUUUACUCUCAACAUCUAGUUUUUUUUUUAAAUUUGCAACAGUUCAAAUAAACCACAAGCUACUGAAUUCUGCAAUAGCAUCUCCAGCUUAAUGCAAAACUUGAUUUUUAUCUGUUUGCAAUGGUUAAUCGUGCUUUAUCCCAAACUUAGUGUGAAGCUACUAAUACAUUGGUUUUGAACAACUUUAGUUUAUUGAUAUGGGGACCAGAAAAAAAGCAGCCUUCAUUCCCUUCCCCCAAGUUACCAUCUCGUACUGCUAUCUGCAGUAGAAAUACUGCAGCUGAUCUUAGUUCUUAAACUAAGAGGGAGAACUGACCAGGAUUCUUGAUCUGAUUUGGUAACUAUUGACCCAGCAAUGCAUAUUAAUGUGAAGUAAAACCAGGAUCAGGUUGGUGUGGGAUUCUCUUUAUCCAAUAGUUAGCUGCCACUCAUGGCCUUGGGUGAGACAGCAGGGUAUUUCUUGUGAUGGUGAAACAGGUCAGAAUUUUCCAGAGAUCAGAUUAGAGAAGAAACAUAAGGAAGUGGGAAAGAAAGGACACCUUGAGGAUAAAUUGUACCUUUUUCAACAACCCUGUAAUGCAGAGCCAACAUCAAUUUGCUAACUGCACUCAAAUAUAUAGAUAUUGCAGUCAUCAAAAAGGGAUUGCUUAUAAGGAGGAACUGAAGGUACAAUGUGGCUUAUUUAUACAUGCAUGUUCCUGGUCAAUUGUGUGGAACCUUCCUUCUGUUUCUUUGUCACACCAAGUGUUGGAGUAUAAAACCCAGUUUUACUUUACAAAUUAUGUAAAUUUGUUAGGACUCAGUCAAAAAAAGCUCCAUUGAAUAUUCAAGAGAAAGUUAUCCUUUUAAUUUAAUGUGCCUCUGGAUUAGGUUUCAGUACCACUUGUUGAAUCAAUUUUUUCAUAUUUCUCAAAUGGUUGUAGGAAUACUGGAUAAAGACCAAAAACUGGUUGACAAUCAUGCUUCUAUAAUCCCCAUUCAAGCACUUUCAACAAAUUGAUCUGUUCAGAGCUUUCAUUCUAUUCUCUCUGGUAAAGAUACUUAUCUUGCAUUCCUGCUACAAUGUGGGUAGCCUGUGAAUUACAUUAAACUCUAAAUAAAAGACUGCAGUUGCCACUGUCCAUUACAUACUUGAGUAAAUGAAUAUUAAUUUAGAAUUUGGAGUAAGACUGUUUACAGUAAGACUUUAACUGCUGGUGGUUCUGGAAACAGACAGCCACCCAUUAAAUUUAGAAUAACAUUUCACCUAUUGCUGGGUGGCUUGUUGUGUUAAAGUCUGGUUUUUCACACCAAGUUUGUUCAUAGAAUGCUGAUAAGUAACCUAAUUCAAUUUUUCUUAGAAGUGUUAAUGUUGCAAGUUCGCUGUCAAAUACCACUUACAGAUGUAAGAAUUCAUUUUGUUAUGUUGGAAUAUGCAUUUGGCUUUUUAUACAAAUAAAGUUCAGAAAACCUU